AUGGGCUUGUUCAGCAAAUCCGUCUCAUUCAGCCCAGCGAAAGACAUCCCUUCGCUCGAAGGCAAGGUCAUUCUUGUGACAGGAGGCAAUAAUGGCUUAGGCAAGCAAUCUUUACUCGCGUUUGCUCACCACAAUCCGUCCGAGAUCUGGCUUGCCGCUCGCAACCUGAGUAAAGCUAGCGUGGCCGCCGACGAGAUCAAAAGAAUGGUCCCAAAAACCUCCGUCAGAGUCCUCGAACUUGAUCUCGCUUCAUUUCACUCAAUCAAGGCGGCUGCCAACAUCUUCUUGUCCCAGGCCAACCGGCUCGACAUCCUUAUGCUCAAUGCUGGCAUUAUGUCAACGCCGCACGACCUAACGGAGGAUGGCUACGAGAUCCAAUUCGGCACCAACCACAUGGGCCACGCGCUAUUGACAAAGUUGAUCCUGCCGGUCUUGAACAAAACCGCCCAACAAGCGGACGCAGACGUGCGAAUUGUGGUAUUGUCUUCGUCUGCCCAUCGCUAUCCCCCGACUGGCGGAUUUGUACCCGACUCAGUGAAGGUGCCUGAUGCGUUGCCUGCAGAGGCAUUGUACGGGCAAAGCAAACUGGCCAACCUUCUCUACGUGCGUCAGCUUGCCGAGCAUUACCCUCAGUUUACAAUCGCCGCAAUUCACCCUGGAGUGGUACAGACGAGUUUAUUCAGAGGUGCGACAGGCACAUCAUCUUUCGUACGGGCGGUCACAUGGCUGGUGGAGAUGUCCGGAACUUCAGUGGAAAAGGGAGUCUUCAACCAGCUCUGGGCUUCGGUGUCGAAAGAUGUCAGAAGCGGUGAAUACUAUGAGCCAGUUGGUGUAACAAACAUGGCGGGUUUCUAUGGGAAGGACGAUAAGCUGGCGAAAAAGUUGUGGGAUUGGACGGAGAAGGAGCUCGAAGGGCAUGCUUGA